AUGUUGCGAAUAUCGAGGCAGGCAGUUGGAACGACGUGGAGAAACGCACGAAGUUACUCUAGUGGUCUUGUUGAGGCAUUCGAUCAUCCAAGCAAUCCACAGCCAUUAAAGGCUACGACGAGUGGCGGGCUCUUCAAAUUCCCUCAACUUACCUCACCAGAAUCAUUUAAGCCAAUAAGCGAUCGCACAAUUAUCUACUCUAGCGCAUUGGUCGAUAGAAUCGUCAACGCACCCUCAAAUGGCGUCUCAGAGAUGCGCAAGGUCGUCAAGAACCUCGACCGCUUAUCUGAUGGAUUAUGUAGGGUGAUCGAUUUGGCUGAGCUCGUGAGGAACGUUCAUCCUGAUGUAAAAUGGAUUGAAGCGGCCGAUAACACGUACGAUAGGCUCUGCGAGUACAUGAAUGAGCUUAAUACUCAUGUAGGAUUAUACCAGGCCCUUAGAGAAACUGUGCAGAAUCCUGCUAUUCAUUUAGAUUACUCUGCUAAUCAAGUUGCACUCUUGUUCCUUCGAGACUUUGAGAAAUCUGGCAUACACUUGUCAGACGCCUCAAGAAGAAGAUUCGUAGAACUCUCAUCAGAGUCUUUGCUACUUGGAAGGAAGUUCCUGAUGAAUCAGGGUCAAGAUAGUGACGUUCGGAGGGUGACUUUGUCGCCGGCAGAUCUAAUGGGUAUACCAGCAGAAUUUUUGAGACACUUGGCACCAUCAGACAAUAAGGGCAAUAGAAUAUUAGACGCUCAUGGCUGGGAAGCUCAAGUUUUGUACAGAUUCGCACCAUCACCAGAAGCAAGAGUCAAAAUACAUGUUGCUUCGAAUGCAGCAUCUGAAGAGGAAGUUGAUACAUUGGAAAAGUUGCUCGAAUCACGCGCUGAGACUGCUAAACUUAUCAAUUACCCAACUUACUCGCACGUCGCACUCUCCGAUAAGAUGGUUGAUGAUCCUAACCAAGUCCUGGUUUUCCUGGAAUCGCUUGUCAACGUGAACAAACCUUUUGCUGGUGGUGACGUCAACAAGCUGUUAAUCUCCGCUAAAGAAAGUCUUGGUGUGCCUUCAAUACCGCCAAUGAAGGCAUCAGAUAGAGAAUUUUUCAUGCAAAUGCGUGCAAGCAGUAUCGGGGAAAGCUCAUCUCUAGAACCACUAUCACCAUAUUUAUCACUUGGUAAUGUUAUGGCUGGAUUAAGCUCAGUAUUGGAACAGUUGUAUGGUAUAAAGUUCGUUCCUCGUCAGGUUGAAGCAGGCGAGGUCUGGGAUCCGAGCGUAAGAAGGUUGGAUGUAUAUGAUACGUCUAGCAAUGCGAUUGUGGGAACAAUUUAUGCCGACUUAUUUGCUAGAUAUCCAAAGCAAGGCACAGCGGCUCACUAUACAGUGCAGUGCUCAAGGAGAGUGGACGAUGACGACUACGUACCUGGUGAAGAGGACAGGAGAGAGUCAGGAUCAGUAAUUCAAAACGAAGACGGUAGAUUUCAGUUACCGAUUGUCGUUUUAGCGUGUACAUUCGACAAACCAUCUGCCAAUCAACCAACUCUUCUUAGUUGGCAGGAGGUUGAAACGAUUUUCCAUGAAAUGGGACAUGCAAUUCACUCGAUGAUUGGGAGGACAGAGUAUCAAAAUUGCUCUGGUACGAGAUGUGCGACGGACUUUGUUGAAAUGCCAUCGAUAUUGAUGGAGCAUAUACUAGCAAACCCAAAAAUUCAAUCAGUCGUUGGUAAACAUUGGAAGACUGGGAAAAGUUUGCCACCGAAGCUCGUUGAAGCGCAUUUAGCACAAUUGAAUGCAUUGCCUGCUCUCGAGACUCACGGACAGCUACUAAUGGCGUUGAUUGAUCAGGCUUAUCACUCACAGCAAGCGCCAUUAAACGGAAAGCUAGGCUGGUCAACUGAUAUGUGGUACGAAGUUCAGUCGCAGCAUGGAGUCAUACCACCAAUCAAGGACACUGCAUGGCAAGUUCAGUUCGGACAUCUUUUCGGAUACGGUGCAACGUAUUAUUCAUAUCUAUUUGACCGAGCAUUAGCAUCGAAGAUCUACAAGGAUGUGCUAUCACCUGACCCACUGAGCCGAGAUGCUGGACACAGAUUACGCGAAGAGGUGCUUAGAUGGGGUGGUGGGAGAGACCCUUGGGAGAUGCUCGCUGAUCUGCUAGGUGGUGAGGAUGCAGAGUUGAUAUCGAAGGGAGGUGUCGAUCUGUCAUACGCUAACGCAGCUGCAUUCAACGCACCACCAGAAUCUGAGCAGGUUAAACCAAGCAACGAAUUCCUUGAGGGACAGAACAACGAGAGGGCAGGACUCCCAGACAUGGACACCAAAGUAAACGUUGUCGAGCACGAAUACAUGGACCAUCCAUCCACUGAGGGUGCUCAAGCUGCUCAAGCUGCCCAAAAUAGACUGCAAGACGAGGAAAAGAAGACACACCGCGAGAAGCACCAUUCGCACAGUAAGCCAAAGCCAAAGACUGAGAAGAAGGUUGAGAAAGCUGAGGAGGCAGGUCUUACGUGCUUACAAAAAGUCAAAAACUUGGCUGGUGAUCGUAAGAAUCAACAGAUUGCUCUUUCAUUGAUCAACGCGUCAUUGUUAUCUGCUACUGGCUACUUGGGUUUCAAGAACUGGAACGAACGCUGGGAUCGCAGAGUCAUCUCUGCUGCUUCAGUUACCUUCUUGGCUUUAGCUACAGGACAAGGAUACGUCUACAAGAAGUAA